GCGGGCGCUGGCAGAGUGCGCCCAGGAGGCCAGCGGAGGGACUCGACGCUCGGCCUCCCCGGGGCUGUCCCUGGGCUUGCGCUCCGCCUCACCUCGGAGGCCGCGGGCCGCUCUUGAACCUUGUGUCACUUUCUCCCUUUGGGGUCCUUUCUGUGGCUCUCCCUGUCACUGCGUCUCUGUUCCCAUCUCUCUGUCUCUGGAGUCUCACGGAGUCCCUAGUCUCCCGCAGCCUGUCGCUGGCCGUGUCUGUGGCUCCUCCUCUGCCUCCGCUGUCAGAGCGGGGGAUUCCUGCUCUCCCUGCCCUUUCCCUUCCCCUCCUUUCGAAGCCUGGGCCUCGGCGUCCUUUAAGGUGGUCAGACCCUUCUCUUCUCUGGUGGAGCCACCCGGAGGAGGGCCAAGACGGAACACAAGCCAGGGCUGGGACCAUGGCAGUGCCUGGUCUGUGGCCUUGGGGAGCCUGCCACCUUAUGAUUCUCUUCUCCUUGGGAUUUGGCCUGGAUACACUAGAGGUGUGCCCCAGCCUGGACAUCCGCUCAGAGGUGGCGGAGCUGCGGCGGCUGGAGAACUGCAGCGUGGUGGAGGGCCACUUGCAGAUCCUGCUCAUGUUCACGGCCACGGGGGAGGAUUUCCGCGGCCUCAGUUUCCCCCGCCUCACCCAGGUCACCGACUACCUCCUGCUCUUCCGCGUCUACGGCCUGGAGAGCCUGCGGGACCUCUUCCCCAACCUCGCGGUGAUCCGGGGGGCGCGCCUCUUCCUGGGCUACGCGCUGGUCAUCUUCGAGAUGCCACACCUGCGCGACGUGGGGCUGCCCGCGCUGGGGGCUGUGCUGCGCGGCGCUGUGCGGGUGGAGAAGAACCAGGAGCUCUGCCACCUGUCCACCAUCGACUGGGGACUGCUGCAGCCUGCGCCCGGUGCCAACCACAUCGUGGGCAACAAGCUGGGCGAGGAGUGUGCAGAUGUGUGCCCAGGGGUGCUGGGAGCCGCUGGUGAGCCCUGUGCCAGGACCACCUUUGGUGGACACACGGACUACAGGUGCUGGACCUCCAGCCACUGUCAGAGAGUGUGUCCCUGCCCCCAAGGCCUGGCCUGCCGUGCCUGCGUGGCCUGCCGCCACCUGUACUUCCAGGGAGCCUGCCACACAGCCUGCCCUCCAGGCACCUACCAGCAGGAGUCCUGGCGCUGCGUCACGGCCGAGCGCUGUGCCAGCCUGCGCUCGGUGCCCGGCCGCGCCUCUACCUUCAGCAUCCACCAGGGCAGCUGCCUGGCCCAGUGCCCGCCAGGCUUCACCCGCAAUGGCAGCAGCAUAUUCUGCCAUAAAUGCGAGGGGCUGUGCCCGAAAGAAUGCAAGGUGGGCACCAAGACCAUCGACUCGGUGCAGGCGGCCCAGGACCUGGUGGGCUGCACCCACGUGGAGGGGAGCCUCAUCCUCAACCUCCGCCAGGGCUACAACCUGGAGCCCGAACUGCAGCGCAGCCUGGGGCUGGUGGAGACCAUCACUGGCUUCCUCAAAAUCAAACACUCCUUCGCACUCGUGUCCCUGGGCUUCUUGAAGAACCUCAAGCUAAUCCGGGGGGAUGCCAUGGUGGAUGGGAACUACACUCUGUACGUGCUGGACAACCAGAACCUGCAACAGCUGGGGUCCUGGGUGGCCACUGGGCUCACCAUUCCUGUGGGCAAGAUCUACUUUGCCUUCAAUCCGCGCCUCUGCUUGGAGCACAUCUACCGAUUGGAGGAGGUGACGGGCACCCGGGGUCGGCAAAACAAGGCUGAGAUCAACCCCCGCACCAAUGGAGACCGCGCUGCCUGCCAGACUCGCACCCUGCGCUUCGUGUCCAACGUGACGGAGACGGACCGCAUCCUGCUGCGCUGGGAGCGCUACGAGCCGCUGGAGGCCCGCGACCUGCUCAGCUUCAUCGUCUACUACAAGGAGUCCCCAUUCCAGAAUGCCACAGAGCAUGUGGGUCCAGAUGCCUGUGGAACUCAGAGCUGGAACCUGCUGGAUGUGGAGCUGCCCCUAAGCCGCACCCAAGAGCCAGGGGUCACCUUAGCCCCCCUGAAGCCCUGGACACAGUAUGCAGUGUUUGUGCGGGCUAUCACACUGACCACUGCUGAGGACAGCCCUCAUCAAGGAGCCCAGAGCCCCAUCGUCUACCUCCGGACCCUGCCUGCAGCACCCACGGUGCCCCAAGACGUCAUCUCCACGUCCAACUCCUCCUCCCACCUCCUGGUGCGCUGGAAGCCACCGACCCAGCGCAACGGAAACAUCACCUACUACCUGGUCCUGUGGCAGAGGCUGGCGGAGGACGGCGACCUCUACCUCAAUGACUACUGCCACCGCGGCUUGCGGCUGCCCACCAGCAACCACGACUCCCGCUUCGACCGCGAAGAUGGGGAACUCGAGGCCGAGACCGAACCGGGCUGCUGCCCCUGCCAGCACUCACCUCCUGGACAGGCCCUGCCGCCGCUGGAGGCGCAGGAGGCCUCGUUCCAGAAGAAGUUUGAAAACUUUCUGCACAACGCCAUCACCAUCCCCAAGUCCCCUUGGAAAGUGACCUCCCUCAACAAGAGCCCUGAAAGGGACUUGGUGCGGCACCGCCGGGCCGCCGGGACCCUCAGACUAGGGGGCAACAGCUCGGAUUUUGAGAUCCAGGAGGACAAGGUUCCCCGAGAGCGGGCUGUGCUGAGCGGCUUGCGCCACUUCACCGAGUACCGGAUCGACAUCCACGCCUGCAACCACGCGGCGCACACCGUGGGCUGCAGCGCGGCCACCUUUGUCUUUGCGCGCACCAUGCCCCACAGAGAGGCUGAUGGUAUCCCAGGGAAGGUGGAGUGGGAGGCAGCCAGCAAGAGCAGUGUUCUCCUGAGGUGGCUUGAGCCACCGGACCCCAAUGGACUCAUCCUCAAGUAUGAAAUCAAGUACCGUCGCUCAGGAGAGGAAGCCACAGUGCUGUGCGUGUCCCGGCUGAGAUAUGCCAAAGUUGGUGGGGUCCACCUGGCCCUGCUUCCCCCUGGGAAUUACUCUGCGAGGGUUCGUGCCACUUCCCUGGCUGGCAAUGGCUCUUGGACGGACAGUGUUGCCUUCUACAUCCUUGGCCCAGAGGAGGAAGACUCCGGCGGUCUGCACGUCCUCCUCACUGUCACCCCCGUGGGCCUCAUGCUGCUCAUCAUUCUUGCUGCCCUCGGUUUCUUCUACGGCAGGAAGAGAAGUGGCACCCUGUAUACCUCUGUGAAUCCGGAGUACUUCAGCGCCUCUGAGAUGUACGUCCCUGAUGAGUGGGAGGUGCCCCGGGAGCAGAUCUCCAUCAUCCGGGAGCUGGGCCAAGGCUCCUUUGGGAUGGUCUAUGAGGGCCUGGCACAAGGACUCGAGGCUGGAGAGAAGUCCACGCCGGUAGCCCUGAAGACGGUGAAUGAGCUGGCCAGCCCACGGGAACGCAUCGAAUUCCUUAAGGAAGCGUCUGUCAUGAAGGCAUUCAAGUGUCACCACGUGGUGCGUCUCCUGGGAGUCGUGUCUCAAGGCCAGCCAACUCUGGUCAUCAUGGAGCUAAUGGCCCGGGGGGACCUCAAGAGCCAUCUUCGGUCUUUGAGGCCUGAAGCAGAGAACAACCCCGGGCUCCCACAGCCAGCACUAGAGGACAUGAUCCAGAUGGCGGGUGAGAUCGCGGAUGGCAUGGCUUACCUGGCCGCCAACAAGUUCGUGCACCGAGACCUGGCAGCCCGUAACUGCAUGGUGUCCCAGGACUUCACUGUCAAGAUCGGGGACUUCGGGAUGACUCGGGACGUGUAUGAGACAGACUAUUACCGCAAGGGUGGGAAGGGGCUGCUGCCCGUGCGCUGGAUGGCCCCCGAGUCCCUCAAAGAUGGAAUCUUCACCACCCACUCAGAUGUCUGGUCCUUUGGUGUGGUGCUCUGGGAGAUCGCGACCCUGGCCGAACAACCCUACCAGGGCCUGUCCAAUGAGCAAGUGCUCAAAUUUGUCAUGGAUGGCGGGGUCCUGGAGGAGCUGCAGAGCUGUCCCCUUCAGCUGCAGGAGCUGAUGAGCCGUUGCUGGCAGCAGAACCCACGCCUGCGCCCGACCUUCACCCACAUCCUGGACAGCAUACAGGAGGAGCUGAGGCCCUCCUUCCGCCUGCUCUCCUUCUACUACAGCCCAGAGUGCCGCGGAGGCCUGGGCUCCUUGCUACCCACUGACGCAGAGCCCGACUCCCCACUAACUCCAAAAGAGGCCUCAGAGGGCAGCCCCCAAAACGGGGGUCCAGGGCAUUAAGGGACUCCCCAUUCCCUAGCUGACUGGGCUCUCGUGGGUAAAAAGGAAGGGACCCAAUCUUUGUGCCCAUGAGAUGUCCAGAUGUUCACCUCCCACCCAGCCAUGCCCAGGGCAGGGAAUGGCCAAGAGUGGGACAGAGAGCAGGAGCAGGAAGACGCGGGUGCAGUCAGAACAGACUCCUGCAGGAAAGAGCGUCUGCAGCCGGAGUUCGUGGGAAAGCAAGCAGGGCCUCGGUGGGAGGAAUCAUUAGACCACGGACAGGCAUCCCACCGCCCGCAGAGGGAGAGGCCCUGCUCCCACUGAGAGGAGACGGCCCAUCUGCCCUGGAAGCGGAGUCGGAGGAGCCCACCCUCAGCUCGGCACCUCCUGUGGACAUUUGGGUUCAUCAGCGGGAGCAAUCAGAGCCAGGCCUGGACCCUGCCCAUUCACGCUGGGGACGCCCAGGAUGGAUGUGCAGAUUGCUGCCCGUCCUUCAACUGCAUCACCUCCUCCCUUGGCCCCACACACCAGGGGGGCGUGGCGAGAACCCCAGCCUGCCCUGGUGGACCUGCCCCAAUUCCUCUCCCCUGGCCCCACAGGGACCCCCAAGCUUGGUGCUCCUCCUUCUGGUUCCCCAGGGGCCUCCCUUGGUGCACAUUCCCUGCUUUGUCCAGUCUUCCCCUCAGUCUUGGAUCAUUAAGGCUUAAAGAGCCGCGUCUCCUUCCCUCCCCGCCCCACCCCUGCCUCUCAUGGAAGGCUGGAGAAGGCACAAUAAAGGCUGAGGUC